AACAACAACAAAAGAAAAUACAAUCACACCUCAAUUCUCCCCACAAAUAAAUAUUACAAUUCAAAUAAAUAAAAUCAUUUUCUUUUGGAUUUAUUUAUAUAUAAACCAAAUUCUCCAAACAAAAAUCCAAUACAUUCUCCCCAUUAUCAAAUUCCCUCUCUCUCUCUAUAUAUAUAUAUAGAUACACAUAUAGAUAUAACUAUAUCUCUGUCUCUUCUUAAACCACAAAAAAGAUUCAAACUUUUCUCAUUUCUUCUCAAAAAGAUUCAAACUUUCUAUUUUUCUCAACUAUUUUGAUCAUAUUUAUGAUAUUAAUGGAAGAAAAUAUUAUUUUUAAGUUUAAAAAUAUUAAUCUUGAUGAUCAUCGUCUUCAACCUCAAAAUCUCCAUGAAGAUGAAAGUGAACCAGAGGAACCAGAUGAUGAAGCCCUUUCUCUUUCUGAACUUCCUCUAACUAAUAAUUCCAAUCAAGAGUCAUCCUUCAAAACUCUCACUCGUCGAUCUUCUUCAGAGCCACCGGAAUUCUUUGAGUUUUUCAGUGAUGUAAAUUCCGGCGAAAACAUGUCUUCGGCUGAAGACAUUAUCUUUUGUGGAAGAUUAAUACCCUUUAAAGAGCAGUGUUCGGAAAGUCAUAAUAAUGAUAAUAUGAUGUCUUUAAAGAAUGGUAUUAAUUUUCCCGAAGAUUUUCUCAAGAAACAAACAGGUUUCCGGCGACGAUCGGAAUCUUUAUCUGAUUUACAGAGCAGCUCUGUUUCUCGAUCGAAUAGUACUAAAGCUAUGGCGAUGAGGAACAGUCGUUCUUUGGAUUAUCAGAAGCUUCGGAGAUCUCCAAAUUACUCGAUGGUUUCUCCUGCCCCGAUUGAUAUCGAUCGAAAUUCGUCGGUAAAGAGUUCAGGGAAAUCGGAAUCGCCGCCGAAGAAACCGUUCCGACCACGGUGGUCGUCGUUUCUUAUGUUUGGGAUGGCAAGAUUUCCGGCGGAAAUGGAACUCAGCGAUAUAAAAAGCCGGCAAAUUCGACGGAAUCCUUCAACGCUUUUUCCGACCAUCGAUUCCGUCAGUGGGAAUUUACCGGUUAGCCGGAACUCCGGUUCCGGCAAGACCUCAUGGAAGCUACUCAAGGCGUUAAGCUGUAAAGACCAUGCGAGUGUUGCUGUAACGACGUCGCUUUGUGUUUCGCACGUGUGAGUUUUACUUAUAAGAGUCACGUGAAUUGCACGUGGUACUAAUGUUUAUUGAUUGGCCUAUUCUACCCCCAUGAGUUGUGGUUUCAGUUUUGAACUUUUGUUUUAUCGCCGAAGGGUAAAAUGGUCAGAACAAAAUUAUAUAUCACUUCUUGGAUUGUUUGGGAAAAAUGAUAUAUUGAUAUAUUAUUAUUAUUAUUUUU